AAAACGACAAUCAUUUCGAAAUUUAGAGAGUAAUUUGGUGCAUGGUUAUCAAUAUACUAUACUAUGAUCCAAGUUAUAAUAAAAUUUGUUUUAGUUCAACUUAAUUGUUGAACACUUUCAUGUUUUAUGUCACAGAUACUUUUGCAGGUAGUGAUGGAUUCAAUGAAAGUGAACAUAGAGAUUCCAACUAAACACCUUCCAACCGGGGAAGCAGCAGUUGAAGAAAUCGAUGUGAUUAGCACAUUACAUGAAAACAUUCUUGGUCGCAUCCUAUCUUUCAUUCCAAUCAUAGACGCCGUUCACACUAGCGUCUUAUCAAGAAGAUGGAUUGAAGUUUGGACAUACAUAACAAGCCUAAAGUUUGAUGAUGGUUUGCUUCAUUAUGAGAAAAAGAUGCCAAAACAACAGUUUGUGAAUUUUGUUGAAAAAGUACUUUUUCAGCUUACAAAUUCAAGCAUCCAAAGUUUCUCUCUUAGCUUAACUAGUUAUCAAUAUGAUGCAUCUCUCAUAACUUCAUGGAUUUCCUUUAUCUUAGAAAGAAGAGUUCAAAAGCUUCAUAUUCAGUAUGCUGAUAAAGUUUUUCUUUCUUCAAAUUUACUCUUUACUUGCGAUUCUUUAGUAGAAUUGGUGCUUCAAAUGAAAUGUACUCUUAGUCUACCGAUAUCUGUUCAUCUCGCAAACCUUCAAAAAUUUAGCAUUUCUGGGAUCAAAUUAGUAAGUGAUUCAUCCAAUUACUCAAAAGAUAUAACUCUUAAUUUCCCAGUUCUCAAAGUAUUUGAAGCUAGAGGGUGUGUAUGGUCAACUACGCAGGACAUUAGUUUACAAGUACCUUUACUUGAGAGGUUUUCCAUAGCAAUACGGAAUCGUCAAUCGAAUAAAUCAUGUAAUUUUGCCAUCAAGGUUCAUAGUUCACGUCUAACGGAUUUCUCUUACGAGAAUGAUCUGGAACAGGAUAUCGUUCUAUGUGAUUCUUCGUCAAUUCGUAAUGCUUCUAUUGCGAUUGUUGUGUAUGAAGACAAGGAGGACAAAAUGGAAAAACUUGAACUUCAAGCAUGUAAUCUUCUCAGACAAAUCCAUGAUGUGGAACGAUUGGAAUUUUUUUUUUACAAGGUUUUUAGGCAGGCUAAAGAUAUUUUCACCAAUCUGCCAGUAUUUGGAAGGUUGACAUAUCUGCAACUAAAUGAGGUCAAGGGUGAAGCUUUGUUGCAAUUUCUCAACAAUUCCCCAAUUCUUAAUACUCUUGUUUUGCUUCAUGGAGUAUGUUUCUUGCAUCAAGACGUCUUUACUUCAGCUGUGGUGCCUCGCUGCUUUCUGUCAAGCCUCAAUGUAUUUCGGUUUGAAGGUUUUGAUGCAAACGAGCAUGAUCUUUCUUUGGUAAAAUUCAUGUUAGAAAAUGCAGCAAUGCUGCAGACGAUGACGAUCACACCAUCAUUUUGGCUGCGAUUUGCAGAUAUUGAUUUGGAAAACGUUAAGGAGCAGAUACUCUCAUUACCAACGUGUUCUAACUUUUGCAAGAUAGAUUUUUCUGAUAUCAAUAGUUGUUGAAGAUUUUCAGAGCACCACAAGAAUAUUUGUGCCACAAUUGUUUAAUGUAUUUAGUUUUAGUGUAAUGCCUUACACUACAUUAUAGCAAUGCAAAAUAUACGAGGUGUAGUUUCUCUUCAUUAUUAUGUUGGUUCUAGCAGUGAGUUAUUUAUCUUUAGUAUCUGUUAGUGGUUGAUGGAUAACAUUUUCAAAAAUGAGAUAGACAAAAAAA